UUGGCAAAGUUAUCCAUUUUGCUUCAUCACCGGAGCAGCUGAUUUGGAUCAGGGUCGCAGAAGAUUAAAAAAGGCCCAAGUAACUCUCAACUGUGAGACAACCGAUGGUGAAAAUGAUCGAAAGGGGGGGAGGUCCGAAACUUCCUCGAAAGCAAAAAUUUCAGCAAAACCCUUAACUGCAUCAAAGUCUCAACUAAACAACAUCUUUAGUACUAAAAUCCCGAUUCCACCUAGAAAUCAAACUCCAAAGUCUGGUAUACAAGCAAAACCAAAGACAAGAUUUCAAAGCAUUUACCAGAGUGGAUCUGACUCUGAAGACGAAAAUCAUGAUUGUCUUAUAGCUAAUCCUGAGGAGAUUCGAGCCUCAAAGGCUCAAAAUAAUUCUGGCUUUUUGCAAAUGUCGAGUAAAUCGCGAUCUGUACCAACAGGUGCAUGUUUAUCAUUUAAACAGCGGUCAAGGAAGAAUAUUACUUUGCUUAAAGACGUCGAAACUGAUGAAUCUGAGAGCAAUGAUUCCUCCGAUGGAAUUCUGCAGUCACCUACAAAAUCGAUGGACUCAGCGAGAAAUACAAGAAAAGAACUUCAUUUGACACCUCCUUCACCACUAGUCCAUAACGCUUCAGGUAACCGAAAAAGGCGUGCAUCGUCUACUACACGCGCUGAAGACGGAUUGAAUUCGAUUGUGAGCCCAGGAACUCCAAAAACUUCACGAUCAAUGAUGGUACCCCCUGCUAAGAUGCCAAAAAUGCUGGGACCACAAAACCAGUUGUCAUCUAGUCAUUAUGCUGAUAAUGAACGUCGAAUCCUGAACUCCCUUCGAGAUUACUUUGAUCAGCAAUUAGAUGAAAAGCUCGAAAAUUUAAGACGCAGGAUGGCUUACGAUUUAAAGCAGUCUAUGAAUGAGCUCAAGACCACAAUCAUUGGCACUAAUCUAGCCCCAGCUUCUGGUCCUAGCUUGCUUGAAAUACAGAAGCAGAUGUCUACGCCACUACCAUUUGAAAUGGAUGAUAAGUUCCAGGAAUACGAAGCGAUAUUGACAACGGACCCAAAUCUCGUAGAAACACUGCGAUUAUUCAUGAGAGUUUUGAUAAGCAAUAAAAAAGAGAUGAAAAUAUGUGUUUCCACUAUCCUAUCUGCGGUUCUGAGGAAGACAGUGUCACUGCACUAUUCUGGUUACGGAAAGGAAGCUGGCGGAAAGAAAAAGAAAAAUUUUUAUAACACUACAGUAUGCAAAGUACUGAUUGAUGUGAUAAUUGAGGUAAUAGGAUCCAGCACUGAUGAGAAGAAGAUAAUGUCAGAAGUAAGUACUUGGUUGUCACGUUCUGGCGAUCGAGAGGGUGGGCGUAAGGAACGACAACGCGGGUCAAGUCAUCAUAACGAGAAUAAUUCAGUUUGUUCCUUUGAUACCAAUCGAUAAUACUUCAUUUUUCCGGGAUAAAUGGAAUUGUAAAAUCACUGUGUUAAUAUGACUCCAUUAGUUCAUUUUCGUAAUUGUAUUAGUUGUGAUAUUCUUGAUAAAAGGUACGAUUAAUAGGAAAAGUUUAUAUUAUCAAUAUAUUUUUAUCGCGAGGCGUUUCAUUGGGCAGAAUAUAUAUUAAUAUAUGAAUAUUGUUUAGUAUUCGGCUGUCAUUGAAGUAUUAAUUAUAUUUAUUAUAUUUCUCCUGGCGAGGUCG